UGUGGCAGCUCCGCGGAACCUCCGCCUGGGUGGCCGCGGGAGCCCCUGGGCUCCGAGCACCCGGCUCCCCACGCCCGGGGGCAGGAGCCUCCCAGGUGCCACUGAGCGGCCAUGGAGGAGUCCACGCGGAUGGGUUACUGCAUCGUGGCCGGCAGCUUCGUGGCCUUCCAGUUCUUCUUCUCGGCCGUCAGCCCCCAGCUCUCGCUGGCGCUCAGUCGCCACUACUGCAGCCUGAACGCUGUCAAAAAGUGCGAGUGGAACUCCAGGUGUGUCUCCACUCUGCACGCGCUCAUCGUCGGCCUCUUCUGCCUCUACAUCCUCUUCUUCGAUGGAGCCAUUAACGCCAACCCCAUCUGGGGGGACCCUUACCUGGUGAAACUCAACGUGGCCAUCACCUGCGGCUACCUGCUCUACGAUUUGCUGCUGCUUCUGCGCUACUGGAAGACGCUGGGCGACUCCCUGUUCGUUUGCCACCACUUGGUGGCGCUGUACGCCUACGGCUACGUGCUGAGCCGAGGGGUGCUGCCCUAUUUCGCCAACUUCCGCCUCCUGUCCGAGCUCUCCACCCCAUUCGUCAACCUGCGGUGGUUCUUUGACACCGUGGGGCAGCCCCGCUCCUCCUGGUUCGUCUUGGCCAACGGCCUGGCCAUGACCGUGGUCUUCUUCCUGGUACGCAUCGCCGUCAUCCCCAGCUACUAUGCCCGCGUGCUGGCCUGGUACGGCACGCCCGAGUACGCCCGCCUGGGGCUCGCCGUGCAGGUGGCCUGGAUCGUGCCCAGCCUAGCCCUGGAGGUCCUCAACCUGGUCUGGAUGUACAAGAUCGUCCGGGGCUUCUACCGGGCCUUCUGCCGGCCCCGGGAGCGCAAGGCGGCCUGCAGCCACAGCGACUAAGCAGGAGCUGGACUUCCCCAGGGGACAUGGCCGGGGGGCCCCUAAGCUCCCGGCAGAGACGGAAGAUCCACUCUAAUUCCCAUCAGAGCCCACAGCAACAGAAAUACCCUGGCCUGGCACGUGCCGCCAGGCACCCGGACUGGCCCCCACUGAGCACCAGGGGCAUCUGGACUGGCACGUGCCCUGCGGGCACCUAGGAAAUUCAUGGAGAUCACAGACUGGCAUUGAACACUUGGGACGUCUGGACUGGCCCACGCCCCUGGCUGGGAGCUCGGUGGGGGCCCAUCCGUGGGGCUGGCAGUGCCCCUCACAGAGGGCUAAGGCUGCCCAACCCCCAGCUAGGGGUGUUUUGGGGGGGGCAUGCAUGUCCAUGCAUAAGGGGCGCAGAGGCUCCUGCCGGGUGGGAGGUCCCAUGUGGCAGGGGCAGAGCAGGGAGCCAUGGUAGGGCCACGUUGCAGCCUCUUGAACGGCUUCCCCAGGCCCCCGCACCCCCUCCCACUCCUGCAAAAAGCAGGAGGAGCCCCACGCUACCGGGCUGGAAAGUUGAGGGGGGCGGGGCCCACGUGCACUGAACCCCCAAGGGCCAAGGGUUAUACGUAGCUUUUGAGGACAUCCCUGUGCCCCAGGAUCCUGCAGUCUGACCCUGGCCCCUCCCUCCCAGAUGCCUCCUGGCCCAUAGCACCCCCCGUCCAUAAAGCCCUGGCCCCCUGCCCAACAGGACGGGGCAGCGCCCUGGGGCUAAUCCUGGUGUGGUGGGGGGAGCUAGGAAGGCACCCGGGUCCCAGCAGGGGUGUCGCUACCACAGGUCAGCCCCCAGCUAAACCUACCCACUUGGGCUGGGGCCCCAGAGAACCGGGCUCUAGUCCCUGCCUCUGUGCCUCAGUUUCCCUGUCUGUUAAAGGGGGACAAUGCCCCUUCAUCUGUGCCUUCUCUCUUCAGACUGGGAGCUUUUCGGGGCAAGCCUGUCCCUCACUCUGUAUCUGUGCAAUGGCCGGGGGGGGCCCGAUCUCAGCCUGGGCAGCUCCCAGCACGGCCGGGGUCCCUAAUCUCGGCCAGGCCCGGACAGCGUCCCUUGAUCUCAGCCUGGGCCUCUAGGCAUUUCCACGCUCCCAGUGACACUCUGAAGUAGCCUCCCGCAGCAGGUCUUGCUCCGGUCGGCGCCGAGAUUGGGGUUUUCGGACGAUUUCCAGUGGAGAAUUUCAAACUCCUUCUCGGUUCCUUGUUUCAUAACUGACAUUUCUGCCCUAGUGAGGAAUUAACCCUCCCCCCUCGAUACUAAUUUAUUAACCCCAACCCCCCCACCCACACUCUGGGCCAGGGGGGCGAGUGCCCGGCUCACCCCCAAACCAGGCUGGGCUCCGGCCACGUUUGCCUCCAGGGUCUGUCUGUCAGGGGAGGGGCGGGACCCGCAUUGGGGGUGUCAGGGAACAGGCCACUGGGCUGGGACUCAUGACACCUGCGGUCUGUGCCCAGCUCUGCCGGUGGCCAGCUGGGUGACUCUGCGCAAGUCACUGCCCAUUCUGUGCCUCAGUUUCCCCUCUCACCCUUUGUUUAGAUUGUGAGCUUGUUGGGGCAGGGACUGUAUUUCAUUCUGGGUCUGGGCAGCCCCCAGCACAAUGGGGGGUCCCCGAUAUCUCAGCUGGGGUCUGGGUAGCCCCUGGCACAAAGGGGGGCCCAAUCCUAGUUAUGGUCUCUAAGGACAGUAGGACUGGUCAGUAAUACACCACUUUGCCUCUGCUGAGGAUCUGGCCAUGAAGUUACGCCAGAAUUGUUCCCAUCUCGCCCUCUGACCCUCCGGGCCUGGCUGCCGAUUGCCCCUUAGUAACAGCGGGCGCCCUGGGCUGCCAGGUGCAGGGCUGGCCUGGAGCAUUUCCCCUGUCACACGUCCCCUAGGGCUGGUCCCCCCCUCGCCCUCCGCCCCGGAGCCCAGCCCUGAACUCAAACCCGCCUCCCCGGGGCCAAUGCCGGGGGAUUCUCCGGCCUGUUCUCUGGAGGUCGAGGGGGGCGACCGCGUUGCCCAGUGCCAGCUCAAACCUGGCAUUUCGUACCCCCCCAGCCCCAAACACCUGCAUCCCCGUCGGCCCGCGCCCCGCAGAGCAGCCCCCAGGCUCCCAUUGCCACCCCUCGGGGUGCCCCUGGGGGCCCGGCAGGAGAAAGGGGGAGGGGACAGAUGGAGGGACGUGACAUGAAUUGCGGGGACUCAGGUUUGCCAUCGUGGCGAGGUCCUUCUCCCGCCUCGUGGCACCGUUCUCGUGAGGGGCGGAUCCCCCGUCUCAGGCCCGUCUCUCAUCCCCCCCCGGAUUGUGAUCGCUAAGCGGCGCGGGGGCCUUGGCGGGGGGUGUUGGAAAAGAACAAUAAACAAGAUUUAGUUUAUGAA